AUGUCCAUACCUCUUCAUCAAGUCCAUUCAGCAGCUCCUGAAAAUCAUUUAAAAUCGGAGAGUCUUGCUUCUUCCUAUACUCAACAUAUUAAUCUUUAUUCUCUUUCUAUUCUUACGAAACAAAAAACAAUUAUUGGAGAUUUGGAUACUACGACUUCAAGUCAUCAUGUGAUUGAUCCUGGUCAUAUUCAUGCGAAUCGAUUAGCUUGCUAUUCAAACUCUUCUCUCUAUUUUAUUAAUCAUAAAAAACUUUAUAAAAUUCAAUAUGAAUUACCAAAGAGUGAGAAUAUUCUUUGGAGACCAACAAAGAAUACUAAAUUACCUUAUCCCAUCCCAUUAGCAGAUAUUAAUAUUCAAGUAAUUGGAGUUUGUGAUGACAUGGGAAAUGUUUAUAUAUUUCAAGAUCUUGAUACUCAUGAGGAUGACAUUCAAGAUCUUGAUACUCAUGACCAAGAUAUUCACAACCAAGAUAUUCACAACCAACAACAUAAGAAGAAGAGAAAAAUUGAUGAAUCAUCGAUUAUUCAAUUACCCUAUGACUCCUCUCAUUCAUCAGAAAUGCACAUUCGUGGACAUUCCAGUGUUAAAUUUCACCCUACCGAUGAUGCCAUUAUAAUUAGAAGUAAAUUUGAAAAUAAGAGUGUUUCUAUUUAUGAUGUGAAUAGAAGUAGUAGCAUCUUUCAUAUUCAUACCAUGCAAAAUCCAACCAAAUUAAAACCAUUCAUGAUUGAACAAUCAAACACACCAUUACUAGCAAUUGGUGAAUACAAUAAUGUAUCUAUUUGGGAUUUUAGAAGUAAUAAGGUUGUUAAUCGAUUGACAAGAACAAGAGGAAUUGUUUAUGACAUGGAAGUCACACAUACUGGUGUGGCUAGCAAACACAAAUCAUCAAAUUUAUUAGGAGUAUUAGGAAGUGAUCGAACCGUUUAUGUUUAUGAUACAUUGAAAUGGUCUCCAAUUCACAAAUGGCAAAAUUGUUUGAAAUAUGCUCCAUCCUAUUUAUCAUUUUCAAAUGUGAAUAAGGAAUUGUGUUAUGUUGCUGGAUUUGAUAAUAGUGAAUUCAAAUGUGGUAAUUUUGUAGAUCAGAAACAACAACGACAUGGAAGAGGACAUGGUUUAUAUGCAGAUCAUCGAUGGAUUGGAAUGACUCGACCAAUGAGUGGUAGUACCGCUACUACUACGACUGAUACAAUUGUUGGAAUGAGUAUGAAUGGUACUUUGUAUGUCAUUGAUCAACCUUACAUGAUGGCACCUUCAGAAACGACUAGUAGUAAUGAUCAUGUCAAUGACACUAUGGAUGAUUAA